AUGGGUCAUGGGGAUAAUGGAAGACGAAAUAUUGUGAUUAGGGCCAUACUGUUGGGUCUCAUUAGCAUUGUGUGUGUCAAUGCUACUAACAUAAAUUACAAGGAAGCCCUAACCAAAUCCCUAAUCUUCUUGGAGGCUCAAAGAUCAGGCAAACUCCCUUCAAACAAUAGGGUUCAAUGGAGAGGUGAUUCUGCUCUUGACGAUGGCAAACUCGCAAAUAUCGAUUUGGCGGGAGGGUACUACGACGCUGGAGACAAUGUGAAAUAUGGUCUUCCAAUGGCGUUCACGAUCACAACUCUGGCUUGGUCGACCAUUUCAUAUGAGAAAGAACUUAAAGCCGCAGGAGAGCUUGAAAACGCCCGCGCCGCUAUUCGUUGGGGCACAGAUUAUUUCCUCAAAUGUGCUUCUCGCAGGAACCGUCUUUAUGUUCAGGUUGGUGAUCCACAUGCGGAUCACCAGUGUUGGGCUAGGCCCGAGAACAUGCAAACGCCAAGGACGGUGUUGCAGAUAUCUGAUAAAGAUCCUGGCACUGAAAUUGCGGCUGAGACCGCUGCUGCAUUGGCCGCUUCCUCCAUUGCUUUCCGCCAUGUCGACCACAAGUAUUCCCGCCAGCUCCUCAACAAAGCCAAACUUCUUUUCAAGCUAGCUAAGAGCCACAAGGGUACAUAUGACGGAGAAUGCCCUUUCUAUUGUUCUUGCUCCGGUUACAACGACGAGUUGCUCUGGGCAGCAACAUGGCUAUACAAGGCAACGAGGAAGGAGCAACAAGCCGAUAGUUUCAUUUGCUCGAAUCUCCCCGACAGUCCAUACCACCAAGUCUUCACUACCCCAGGUGGUAUGAUUCACUUGAGGGAUGGAGCCAACACUCAAUACGUCACGGCAACCGCCUUCUUAUUCUCGGCCUACGCUGAUAUUCUCAUGAAACACAAUCAAAAAAUCUAUUGCGGAAGCAAACAAUUCGAUUCAACACACCUCAUGGCUUUUGCCAAAAAACAAAUUGACUACAUACUAGGGCAUAACCCAAGAGGAAGAUCGUACAUGGUUGGGUUCGGACCAAACCCGCCAAAGCAAGCUCACCACAGAGGAGCCUCAGUGCCAAUGGCUGAAGCCAACGCGCCACUAAGCUGCCCAUUGAGCUUCGUGAAAUGGUACAACAAGAACCAGCCUAACGCUAACGAGCUUACCGGAGCAAUCUUGGGAGGACCCGACCGUCAAGACAACUUCCAAGAUUUUCGGUGGACCUCCGUUUACACAGAGCCUUGCACUUACAUUAACUCAAUCGCCGUUGGUGUUCUCGCCAAGCUCGCUGCCACGGCUUAG